AUGCAUUCCGUUAGCCGCAGCACUGAGGGAUGCGAGGAGGGGGAGUGCUCUAACUCGUUGUCGAAGGACGGUCGCGGAAAAUCAGCCGAUAUUAUUUUCCUUGAAGAAACAAUACAGAAGCAAGCUGAACUUAUACAGGAAAUCAAAGGUGAACUAUUGAACGGUAUAGAAAUGGAAAAGGAUGAAAUUCUUUUAACAAGGAAUAAAAUAUUGGAGCAAGAGAUUCGUUUACUGAGAUGCACAAUCAGGCAGCUGAAAAAAGAAUUAACUGAAGCAAAGCAGUUAUCUUUGGAAGCGUGCGAAGUAUAUCAGAAGGAAAAAAAAUCUUAUCUUAAUCAAAAAGAGGAAAUGGACAAAAGACAGGAACAACUGAGUAAAACUAUAGAUAGUAUUGAUCACUUACAAAUAGAAUUGGCUCGAGCAAAUAGGCAAAUAAAUAUGCAGGAUAGUGAAGCUAGACAACAGUUGUUAAAUAUUGAAUUACAAAAGGAACGAAUGCAAGAUGCGAAAAAAAUUGUUUCCCUUCAAUCCAAAGUGCAUUCGAUGAAGCAAAAGGAAGAAUUGUUAUCGAAUGAAUUGGGUGAAGUCCAUAAGAAACUUGAAAUCUGCUUACAGAACCAAAUAAAAGGACUGGAAAGUUUUGUUGGUCACAGCAAAUUUGAUGAGAAAGACGUUAAUACAGAUAUUAGUGGCAAUUAUCAAUCUGAUUUCCGCGAAAAUCAUGAAAAGCUGAUGUCAUUGAUGGAGACACUUCAAAAACAGAUUGAAUCAAUAAAGAGUAGGAAAGCUAUUUCGCAAGAACAGUCCGAACUUUAUAAACAAAUUGGAUGUUUCACAACCAAAAUUUUAUAUCUCGAAAAAGAAAUAGCAGAAGUUAAUCAGUCAAAAGAUAUAGUAAUGGCAGAUUUAAAAAAAAGCAACGAAGAAAUUAAUUAUCUCAAGUCAGAGUUGCAAAAGGCGGAGAAAAAAUUAUCAGAUUCCGAAAAAAAUUUUGAUAUUAUACAUCGUUCCUUGAUGGAAGAAAAUGGCAAAAUCAAACUGCAAAAGGCUCAGCUUCGAUGUGAUCUCAUCGAUUUGAAGCGUAAAUAUUUCCGUCUUCAGAACGAGCUAACUUAUGGUCAAGGUGAUGAGGCUUCACAUGCACAACUAAAAAUAAGUGAAAUGGCAAACAUCAACAAAUGUUUCGAUAAAGAACUGGGUCUGUUUUGUGGAACAGCUAAGUGCUCUGUUCUCAGUAUUGAAAAUGUGAGUAACAGUACUGUGGAAGGAAAUCAAAAAGAAGCUAAGUUUAAAUUAUGUGAUAUAAAUCUUUCACCGGUGCAUGAACUACAGACGCCAGGAGAGAAAAACUGCGCAGUCGAAAUGUCUUUUAAAAUGAAACUAGAGCACUGCAAUAAAGAAUUAACAACUUUGAAAGCCAGUUAUAAUACUGACAUAAAUAUGCUGAAAAAACAAUUGUUAGUGGCACAGGAAGAAAAGAUUGAAUUGUCCAAUGCUUUGCAAUUUAUUGAUGUGCAGUGCGAGAGACUUUUGGAAAAUAAAAACUACUUGGAAAAAUCGUUAAACACGGCUAUUCAUGAACUUCAAGAUAUAAAAACCAAACUAAGUGUUGCUGAACAUCAUUUGGCAUCCACGAAUGAAUUAAAAGCUCAAUUGAAAGAAAUUACUUUCGAAAAAAAUCGCUUACUAACUAAGGUUGAAUAUUUAACGGAAGAGCUGCGCGAAACGCAUAAUGAUUAUCGUGAAGAACUGGCUCGUAUAACACAACAAAAUGAAAAAUUGCGAGCUGAGAAGCAUUAUUUAAAUACGAUGAUCAAGUCAUUAGAAAGACAAUUGGAGCAAAAAAACAAUGAAUUUACGCACCUUAACAAAGACUUGGCUGAACUUCAUGAUUCUCAUGCGAAAAUUAUCGAUGAAAAUAAAAAAUUACGCAACGGUUUAGCUCUAUCUAUAGAGAAAUUAGAGAAAUACAGAGAUGAAUUGGAAAAUUCGAAAUCCUUAAACGCCAAUUUGGAAGAGAAUUUAAGAAAAACUAAAGAUAAUGAGGACUGUCUAAAAUCUCGGCUAGACGUAAUGGUACAAACAGUUGACGAAAAAGAUCGUUUAAUUGCUUAUUUACAAGCCCAAAUAAAUUUAAAAGGCUCUCUUAAAUUACAGAGAAAUUCAUCGCAUUCAACUCUGAUGUCCUAUGAUGAUGGAUUGUUCAUGUUUUUUUCAGUGAAGAUUCACUACGAUCGCGAAACUUCACCCAUUAUUUCACUUGUGAAUGAUGACAAAAAACACUAUACAGCGCCCACAUCAACUUUAUCCAUAACAACUCAGUAUAUAUCAAAUGAUGUGCCUUUAUCACCAAGUAGUGCUGCACAUAUUGGCACCAUGAAACACGAUAUUCCCCAUCGCUGGAAGAAUUAUUUUAAUUUAAAACAGGCAAAAUGUGUGGUUUGUUUGGAAGGGUUACCCAGACUACGGCAUUCCUUAAAGUGUGGUGAAUGUGAUGUUGUGGUACAUCGGGGAUGUUCAUUUUCUGUUGCUAAUACGUGCGGACUUCCCAUUCAGUGCGCAGAUUAUUAUUUGGAUGCAUACCAAAAAAAUAAUAUGAAUAUGUCCGGACAGGCUAUCUUUGAAAUCGACCUGAACCAAGAACAGUGGAGAAUUUAUAUGCAACCAGCAUCUGAAACAGUUGUUAAAAAUAGUGUGUCGCCAGAAAGUUACGCGUUAUUAAUCGAAUUGCGAAUCAAAAGAUGCAAUCUAUUCGUGCUUGCACCAACGAUUCAGGCCAAACAGAGGUGGUUGCAAGCAUUACAAGCUGCCACGAACCGCAGAAUGUUUAAGCAGCGGCGCUCAGUAUCAUUCAGUGGAAGUAUUAUGCUGCUUGCUCUCGAUGCUCCCCUUAAUUUAACGAUUCAUUGUUCAAAAGUGAUCGAAAACUGGCUCUUAUUAGGUACUCAAGAAGGUUUAUUCGUCACUCAAAUCAAUCCUAUGCACAUUCCUUUCACUGUAAUGGGCAUCACUGCCGUAUACCAUAUGGAAUUGAUAGAAGAACUUGAGAUGUUGGCUGCGAUCUGUGGUAAUCAGCGACAGCUUGUUUUUAUUCACAUGUCUGAUUUGAAAGCAAUUUUUAAAUCGAAUGGGAUGGCCAUUCGAGCUACUCCUUUAGCCAAUGUGACAUCUUGUCAUAUCAUGACUCUUUAUUCUGAUUCUGUUAAUCAGUUAUACUUUUUGUUUAUUGCUGAUGCGUGCAAGAUUGAUAUCCUUCAGUUCAAUUCUCGCCUUAGUAUCUUUACCCAGUUUGAUUCGUUGCAAACUAAAGAACCUGCAUGUUGUCUUUUAUCAGUUCCCGGAGGUUUAAUUUAUGGCGCUGAUCAGUUUUAUUUUGUUGACAUAAAAACUUUCGUUGUUCGACCGCUUUUAAUUGCUAAUGCUCAUGUCGAUUGGCCACGUGCAGCAGCUGUGAUAGGAAACAACGAAUUUUUAUUAGCUUUUCACAACUUUGGUAUAUUCAUUGAUAUUGAUGGUAACAAAACUCGAACUGAAAUCAUAGACUGGUCUAGAGCUCCUUUAGAAUUUGUUUAUGCUGCUCCGUAUUUAUACGUGGUCCAUCUUGAAACACUUGAAAUCCUCAAAUUAGCUGAAUAUGAAGGUCUCAAUUCAAAAACUCUUUUGGAUGAAAGAGAUGUGUUCCGAUGCAAAAAUGCACAUUUUAUUGGUAGAGGAAGGCAUGACGAAGUUCUUUUUACUCUUUCUGAUAAUGAUCGAACUGAAAUUCAUUCUUUCUGUAAAGGAUCAGAGAGCAGAAACUCAACGAUGUUUCUAAAACGCAAGAAUAUCAAUAAUGAUAAUAUUAUUCGAUUUGUGAAUAGCGGUAAACGUGUGAGGAAAUAA